AAGUGUAACUACAAGGGUUUAACAACAUGUCAAGAUGCCUGGUCACGUUGUAUUGAUACUUGUAUAAAAGAGCAUCCACUGCAGAUGGAUUUUAAAGAUAAGGAUUCCUGCCUUGCAUUCUGGUGCCAAAUAAACGUUGAGCUAGACAUUUGAAUUGAAAAAAGCUAGUUAUGAAGUUCUAUACAAUGGAAUCGAAAGUUGUCACUGCAAAGGAAAGAUUAGGGUCUUCUCUCAAAAGAUAUGGUGCAAUACAGAUACUUCUUGGCCUAGGUUGUUUGAUCAUGACAUUCGUUUCAAUAGGAAUCGACAAGAAAGUUUGUGACAACUUGGGGAAGAAAGAACAUGUUAUAACAAAUGCAACUAUACCUACCUUCUCGUUUGAUAAGAAAACCAUUAUGCUCGGACUAGAUGGAGGAUCCGUGGUGUCUGCUAUCUGGAUUGUUGUCACAGGAGUUAUCCCAGCUUAUAUGGCAAGAAAUGCAGACUACAGCUUGAUAAAAACUAAAGUGGUUUUCAUGGUUUUCAGCAUUAUGGCAGCAUCAUUGUUCGUACCCAUCAUUGUUGGUGCAGCUUUAACUAACUUUAUACUCCGUGAUAGCCACAAGGAAUUGCUUGUCAUAACUGGUCUUAUAUCCCUUCUAGAAUUCAUUGUGUCCUUUGCUGCAUCAGUCUACUGCUGUGCAUCACCAUGGGCUCCAUGCAAACUAGCGAAGAAAGACAAACAAGUCAAAGACGAGCAAUUCGUUGACAACGAGAAGCAAAUGACAAAGCUAGAACUUCCAGAAUAUCAACCAUAAUAAAGUUAUUCCCAAUGGACUAUACAAUGAUCACAAAAACCACCAUGUCCUUUUAUUAACCAAAGCACGGCUUUUGUAUUGCUUAGUUGAGUGUAUGUAUAUUCUGUCUAAUAGUAUUUUUGAAAAUGAAAGGGUUUAAUGUCAGUUUGUUGUGUGAAAUUUUUUGGUAAUUUAAAUAUAAAUAAAAAAAAAUAAUAAUUACGUGUGUAUCAUGUAUCAUUAACUGAAAAAGUUUUAACAGUUCUUAAAUCUAAUUAGGAAAUGGCAAUUUAAAUUAAAUAUUUACGUUUAGUAAUUAUGAAACUGUAAUCUUGCUGCAACUUUUUGUAUGUUUUUACUUAAAAUAGAAUUAUAUUUUAUAUAAGCUUUUUUUUUAUAUAUAACAGUGCUCACAGUGUAUUGAAAAUAUUAAAUCAAUACCUGUGUAUGGCGAGAUCGUAUGAGAAGACAAUUGUUUGGUCCGUCAAUUUCUUUUUUAUUUUAUGAGGUCAUCCUAGUUUUAUUCGAAACUCAAACACGGUAAUAUAAUCAACUAGGAGAUAUACUCCAUGUGCAAGGGUUGCUGGAAUAUUGCUUCAUCGAAAUAAAAGGUAACAAUUGGGAAGCUGAAAUCCUUUCUUUUGUCGUAAACUGUUGUUCACAUCUGACCUUCAUUGUCAAUUUGUAGAUGAAAAUUAAGACACGAGGAAGACUCAGCUGUAUCUGUUGUAUCCUUUAUUUUGAGUAAGAUGGGAUAAAAGCUGGAAAACAUGUUUUUGAAUCGCACUUGUUGUUUUAAAUUAUAUUUUGGUCGUUUAUAAGUUUAUGCACCUAUAAUUAGUAAAUUUAAAAUGUAAGUUGGUAUUUUGAAAUAAGGCGAUAUGAUAUGAUGGUAGUUGAACAAGUAUCAUUCAAGGGAUGCUGAUUAGAUGUUGAUCAUGAUUUAUUGAUAAACAAUCCAUUGACCGUUUUAUUAAUUAUUUCUGCUGCAUAAUAAAUAAAAUUUUGUGAUUUCGGAAGGCACAAACAAAAGGCGUUUCAUAUAUUCCCAUUUUACUUAAAACUGAUAUAUUAUCAGAUUAUAUAAACCGUACAAUAUAUUUAUAUAUAUAUUUGCUUAAAUAAAGGUAUAUAAAAUAUCAUAUUAGCAAAUGUCAGUUAAUUUAAUUAGUAGAAUUAAAAACGUGUCUAAACUAGUUUGUCAUCAGUUUCAGGGAAAAAAUAAAUGAGUGUUCUAUUGAAAUAUCAUAUUGGAUGCUUUAUAUUAUUCCUUUUGACUUUUGUAUAGCAAAUAUAGUAGAAUAUAGAUUAAAUAACGACGAAAAUGUUACAUGCCCACUGUUAUGUAUGAAUCAACUAUAAAAGAAUAUAGAAUAAUUACAACCAUAAUCAAUUGAAUCUUCAGAAUUAUUUAAUACGUUAGUGUUUGCCUUAUGCAGCAUCGGCAAGACUAUUUCAAAGGACAAUGCAAAACGAAAGAGAAUUAAUACAAAAGCAAUUAAGGAACACGUUGACAAUUUUGUAACAGUCAUGGAAUUUAAUGAACUUUUGUGUAUCAGGGAAACCAGUUUUUAAACUAUAAAACUAGAGAGAAAAUAACAGGGGCUCCUUUGAACUUCUAAUGUAAUUUUGAUUUAUUUUUUGUAUAUUUAUAAUACAAUAACAUUAGGUCAGCUUGCUUGUAAUAAUAAACUUUCAUUCGAAAUUA